AGCAAAAAUAACCAACUCUUCUUUGAAGAAAAGUACCACUGAACUUCAACCCUGUUUUAAACGCGAGUGCGACGUUCCCACCCUGCUCCAAAGUAUCAUGACCACAUACACCCGCAUUGGCGCAGUCACCGGCGCUAAUAAAGGCGUUGGACUUGCCAUCGUCCGCCAACUUACUCUACAAUACCCCACAUCUCCCAUAAACAAUGGUCCUUUACUGCUCUAUCUGACCGCCCGCAAUGAAGAGAGAGGCAAAGCUGCUCUAGAUGCAAUCAACGGGGACCCCGCAAUCAAACAAGCCAAAGCCUUACGACGACACGGUGGCUUGACCGAGAUUCAGUACCAUGCAUUAGAUAUUGAUGAUGAUACGAGCGUCGACCGCUUUGCUUCUUUUCUCAAGGAGCAACAUCCACAAGGAAUUGAUUUCUUGAUCAACAACGCCGCAAUCGCGAAGCGGGGGUUCGACAAUACAGUGGUCCGAGACACUUUGCAUUGCAACUACUAUGGCACAUAUCAUGCAAUGCAACGGAUGCUUCCACUCAUCAAGGAAGGAGGCCGACUUGUGAACGUGGCUAGCAUGUCAGGCCAUCUGAAUUCAAAAUACUCGGAUUCUAUCAAAUCUCGUUUCCUCAACGCAACGAAACCGGAGGACAUCAGUCAGCUCAUGGAGGAUUUCACCUCGGCGGUUGCAGGUGGAACUUACGAGAAGGACUGGCCCAGCUCCGCAUACGCUGUUUCCAAGGCUGGUCUCAUCGGCCUCACCAAAGUCGUCGCACGUGAUCACAAACAAGCUGGCAGCAAUAUACUGAUCAACGUCUGUUGUCCAGGCUAUGUCGUAACGGACAUGACACGUGGUGGAGGUGUCAAGACACCUGAUCAGGGUGCCCAAACUCCGGUGAUGCUUGCAAUCCAUGAUCUACAGGACACCAGUGGAGAAUUCUGGCAACAUGAAAAAAUUAUUGAUUGGGAUAAAUAGCCUUGAGACUAUUGGGCUUAAUGGAGCUAGACAUUGCGACAACUUUCGAGACAACCAGCAAGAGCUAGACUAUACAUAAUCUAUAUGGAUUGUUCAGAGUAGAC